AUGGAAGGAGCCGUCUCCAGUUCCGUAGCCACAAGGCAAGAAACAUUGGUCCGUGGCUCCGCUGUGGACAGGAUUGCUGUGGUCACCGGCGGCAACAAGGGAAUCGGAUUCGAGGUGUGCCGGCAACUGGCCAGCAGCGGGGUCACCGUCGUUUUGACCGCUAGGGACGAGACGAGGGGUGCAGAGGCCGUCUACAAGCUCACAGGGCUGGGGCUCCCCGAUGUCAUUUUCCAUCAGCUGGAUGUCACUGAUGCUUUGAGCAUUUCUCGAUUGGCUGGUUUCUUGAAGAACCGUUUUGGGAGGCUAGACAUCCUGGUGAAUAAUGCUGCAAUUGGUGCGGUUGAGCUUGUAGACGAACCCUCUUUUGGUCGGCCGCAGCCAACGGUGGAAAAGUUCAUUGACAUGGAUGGACAUGAGAGAGUUGAGUGGAUGUGGCAAAACUGCCGGCAAACUUACGCCGCCGCAAAGCAAGGUCUGCAGACGAACUUCGACGGCGUAAAGCACAUCACGGAAGCCCUCUUGCCCCUCCUACUGUCCUCAUCCGACGGAAGAAUUGUCAACGUCACCUCCGGCUUUGGGCUGCUCAGAUUUUUCAGAAGCGAUGAGCUGAAGCAAGAGCUCGACGUCGACAACCUGGACGAGGAGAGGCUGGACGAGUUACUGGACGCGUUCCUGAAGGACUUCGAGGCCGGUGCGGUGGAGGCCCGCGGGUGGCCGGCGGAGUUCUCGGCGUACAAGGUGGCCAAGGCGGCCAUGAACGCGUCCUCGCGGGUGAUGGCGAGGAGGCACCCGGCGCUGCGCGUCAACUGCGCGGACCCCGGGUACGUGAGGACCGACAUGACACGGAACUCGGGGCUCCUCGCGCCCGAGGAGGGCGGCGCAACGGUGGUGGCCGUGGCGCUGCUUCCGGAACGCGGCCCGACCGGCGCGUUCUUUGACGCCGGCGGCGGCAAGGAGACCUCGUUCGUGUGA